GCGAAGCCGAAGGUUGAUCCGGAGCUGACGCCGGCGCAGCGGGCAGUGGUGGAUUUGGUCUUGCGGGGAAGGAGCCUGUUCCUCACAGGCGCUGCUGGAACAGGGAAGUCGCUAGUCCUCCGUGCUGUGAACCGUGAAGCCAAGCGGCAGGUGGCACUGACCGCGCCCACUGGCGCAGCAGCCCUUCAGAUUGGUGGAACGACUCUUCACUCCUGGGCCGGCAUCGGUCGUGGGAAUGGAUCGACUGCGGAGCUUGUCGCGCGAGUUUGCGCCGACAUUGAUGCCUGCAAUCGCUGGGUGUUUGCUACACUCUUGGUGAUUGAUGAGGUCUCCAUGCUCUCCGCGCGGCUCCUGGAUGCUUUGGAUGCCGUCGGCCGGGCUGCGCGGGGGAAGCCGAAGGAGGCUUUCGGCGGCUUGCAGCUGCUUCUCUGUGGCGACUUUUGCCAACUUCCUGCGCCAGAGGAACACACCUGGGCUUUCGAGUCCAAGGUUUGGCGGGAAGUAGCCCGAAUCUCCGUCGAGCUGACGGAGGUGCUGCGCACCGACCCCGAGGAGUUGGGGCUGGCGACCGCCUUGGCCGAGGUUCGCUCCGGAUGCCUCUCGGAGACGUCUUGGCAGAUGCUCAUGGAUCUGCACGGCAAGCCAAGGCCGUUUGAUCGUUGCCCUGCCGCGGUGGUUCCGACGAACCAGCAGGCAGAUGAGAUCAACCUUUCUGCUCUAGCCAAGCUAGGAUCGAAGUCUCAGGUGCACGAUUACCAGGCGUUCAGGGCUGGUCGAAUCAAGGUCCACCAGGCACCAAUGCAGCUUCGGCUCUGCCGCAGCUGUGUUGUGGUCCUCACGACAUCGGUGAGGGUCGGUCCACUGGGCGAAGAGAUUCUUCCGAAUGGCACGCGCUGCACGGUGACCGGCUUUGUGCAACUGCCAAGGAGAGUCUUCGAUCACAAGCACCCAGACUUCGAGGCUGUCUACGAACGCCCCAUCCGGCAGUUCAUGUUGCAACUUGGACAAACCUUGCUCGGGCGCCAAACCCCAAAGCCAACAAGCCCUGCCCUCUCCGCCUAA